CGAGGUUAUUGAUAGUAACCAUCUAUCUGUGGUUACCGUCGGCUCGUUUCCUUGUCCGGGAUCCAGAUCCAGCGCCUUCAGUGUGGUACCGUUCAGAUCCCGAAAUCAAAGCACAGCCUCCAGGGUUAAUUAGUUUGAUUAAUCGGAUUGUCAUCAUGUCAUCGUUCCAGAAAUGGACGGUCUCUGAGCCGUACAUCGAUAUCGCAGGGACCUUGUUAGAGGGACCAUUCUAUGAUGAGCCCAGAAAUGAGUUCCGCUUUGUUGAUAUCUGGGAGCAGAAAUUCUAUGUGGUGGACUUAGCCAAAGGCCCAGACUCGUUGAAGACUAUUGACACGUCUGCUUCAAUUGGGGUAACUGCCAACAUCAAAGAUACUGGCGAUGCGUACAACGGCCAGAUAAUCGUAGCCGCAAAACAUGGAUAUGCUCUCCUCAACCGCGCCACGGGCCAGCUCUCGUACAUCUCCAAGGUUUGGGAUGACCAGAAGGACCCAGAAAGAGCCCGCAUAAUGCGUUUCAACGACGGGGCGGUCGACAGCCAUGGGCGGUUCUGGGCUGGUUCAAUGAAUGACCCCAAAGUGCAGUCCCCGGUCAACGAGGCCGUCCUCUUCAGACUGGACCCCGACAUGAAAGUGCACCGUAUGGUCGAAGGUCUGACUAUUCCCAAUGGGAUUGGUUGGAACCAUGCGGACGACACAAUGUACCUGACCGACUCACCCACUGGCAAAAUUUACGCGUUUGACUUCGAUGCCCAAACCGGAGAGAUCAGCAACCGUAGAGUCCACUUUGACCUGGGAGAACCAAAGGAACCCGAUGGUUUUGCCAUUGAUGCAGAAGGCUGUAUCUGGAGCGCCAUUUACGGGGGUGGUAAAGUCAUCCGUAUCUCCCCGGAAGGGAAAGUCAUUGGAGAAGUGUUGCUUCCAACGAGAAACAUCACCUGUCCGAUCUUCGUUGGAACUGAACUACUCAUCACCACCGCCAAGGAUGACAUCGAUGAUGAGCAGUUCCCAAACUCAAUCCGGUAUGGAGGGCGAGUCUAUAAGGUUGACGUGGGAAUCAGGGGCAAGCCCAAGAAUGAGUUUCGAUUCCAAAACUGAUGUAUGCAUAGCAUAGUAAGUAUUAUGGAGGACGAAGCAAUGACCACACAGCCCUGGUGAAAGAUCAAUCAGAUAGUACCAAUUGGGAGCCAGCCUGUGGGAC